AUGCUGAUAAAAGUUAUAGCAUUAUUUCUGUUUACAAAUUCAGUUUCAUCUGAAUCAAAUGAUUUAGAAGGGAGGAUAGUCAGAGGAGACAAAAGUUCAAUCGAGGACUUCCCAUAUUCAGCGUUUCUGUUGAUGAGUAAAGAAAGAGGAAGUUUUAUCUGCGGUUCUUCUAUUAUCAAUCAGAGAAUUUUACUGACGGCAGCACAUUGUGUCGAAGUGUGCAGUCCUAAGUGUAAGAACGGAGCAGCGUUUUUUGGAAAUGAAAUAAAGAGGAUGGGACUUAAAAUAACAAUUCCAUUUGCGAUAUACCACCCUAAAUAUAGAACAACUCGUGUGCACUUUGAUAUAGGUCUCGCUUUACUAUCUAGACCAUUGAAGUUUGGUAAAUUAGUUAAACGGGUAGCCAUUUCAAGGCGUCCUAAGAUAAAAACUGCCGCUGAUAUAGCCGGUUGGGGCUUAGUUGAUGUGUUUUCUGCGCUGGUGGAAUUAAGAGCAAGCAGUUUGCAUCAGACGAACUGUCUCUAUGAAAUGGACAAACGGAACGGUAAAAUUACUGCUUAUCUUGGUGCCUCCAUUCCAAUAAACUCAAAUGUCAAAAGGCAAGUGGAGAUGUUUAGUAUUCAUGGACGAUUCAAUGCUGAAACGGGAAAGUUCAAUUUGGGGAUAGCUUGUCUUGAUGAUGCCGUGCCUCUGACAAGUGAAAUUCAAAAAAUACCGAUAAGUUUAAAGCUUCCAAAAACUAAUGAGGCUUUACAUACAACUGGAUGGGGUAAAGAUGUUCCAGGCAAGUUACCAGAUUAUAGUGAUCUGCGACAUUUAAAAGCUACUAAACAGAGAACCAUAUCUCCGAGGCAGUGUCAGAAGAUUACUAAAAGUAGAAUGACUCCUGCAUUUUGGUGCACAAUAUCUAUCAAUGGAUAUCAUUACCAUGGUGACGAUGGCAAUGGCCUAGUGAAUUCUGAAAACCAACUAAUAGCGGUUGUUUCUUAUAUGGUCAACGAUAUUACAGUAUACUCGGACGUAAUGCGGGAACAACUGUGGGUAGACACCGUAGUUAUGGAUCUAUUUAAAAAAUUGUGUAAAAAAAGAAAGAUGUUAUAG